GAAACAACUACGACGACAGUGACAAUGAUAGAUGCGGAGGCAGUGGCAGCUGGAACUGCUCAGUUACCAUGCGACGUGGAACCGCCGGUCCCUGGAGACAAGCUACAUCUAGUUAUUUGGUACAAGGAGGAGGCAGACGCGCCGAUAUACAGUUUCGACACGCGUGGCCGAAGCAACUUGGAACAAGGGAAACACUGGCAGGACAUCAGCCUGGAAAAACGUGCCUUCUUCAGAUACUCGGAGCAACCCGCGAAACUCGUCCUCGAGAACGUCCGUGAGAGCGACGCCGCCGUUUACAGAUGCAGGGUCGAUUUCAAGCAAUCCCCGACCAGGAACAGCAAAGUCAAUCUGACGGUGAUCAUACCGCCGGAGCAGCUUAGCAUAUUGGACAACGACGGAAGAUCUCAUAUAUCCUAUUACGUGCUUGGCCCGUUCAGCGAGGGUGCCUCUCUGAAUAUUACCUGCGUCGCUGCUGGUGGUCGGCCACAGCCACGGGUGACUUGGUGGCAGGAGAAUGCUCUUCUGGACGACACCUACGAAACCGUUGGUACCAAGAGGGUACAGAACGUGUUGCGAUUAGAGAAGUUGGGCCGCGAGCAUCUCGGCGCCAUUUUGACCUGUCAGGCUUCCAACAACAACAUGGUCACUCCAAUAUCCAGCUCUGUUACACUCAACAUGAACCUGAGGCCGCUGUGGGUCCGCAUGCAAGGAGAGAACCGGCCGUUUAGCGCGGGCACCACGUACGAGAUCAGUUGCGAGGUAGUGGGUGCAAGGCCGACGCCGAAAAUCACGUGGUCGAAAGGAAGUAUGAUACUGAGGAAUGCCAGACAGACGAUGAGCCCCGACACCAACGUCACCACCAGCGUUCUCACGUUUGUGCCGAGUAUCGAGGACGCCGGCAAGUUCCUCUCCUGCCACGGCAGCGUCCCGGAUAUCCCGGAUUCCGAGAUGGAAGACGGAUGGAAACUCGACAUACAUCACGAGCCGGUGGUUAUGCUCGAGCUCGGGAGUAAUCUCAACUUGAGCGCAAUCCGCGAGGGUAUCGACGUUUAUUUCGAGUGCAACAUCAAGUCGAAUCCGUGGGUCUACAAGGUCUCCUGGCGACACAACGGCAAUCCAUUGUAUCACAACCCAGCGACGGGUACUAUAAUCAGUAAUCAGAGCUUAGUAUUGCAAAGCGUGACUCGAAGCAGAGCUGGGAUUUACACGUGUAUCGGUAGCAAUCAAGAAGGCGACGGAGAGAGCAAUCCGCUGAAUUUGGACAUCAAAUGUGAGUAUAUUGGCUAUUCAUCUUGGUGGUUUUAG